AUGGACGCAACUCCUUACAUGGCCUUGAAAAGGCCAUAUCCUUUCGAAAUCGAUCUUGCGCCUAUGCCACAUUACGAGCAACCACAAUAUGCUCGUGGCAUGACAUCAUUCAACGAGUCGUUGCGUCUUCUGGGCUCGAUCAUCGAUGUGAAAGCCCAGGCUCGACGGGAAGCAUGCAAAUUCAUCCACCGCACAUAUUCUCUUGGAUCGAACCAGCAUCAUGUUACUUUCGAGAUCCUCGCGAAAGGCGACUACUUUGAGCUCUCGAGCAAUGGAUAUGAGUUUGCGCGUCUUGACAAGACCUUCUGUAGCGAAGCUCGCCGACUCGUAGGGCUCGAAGUCAGGUUCCAGGCGUGUAUGGAGCGCAAGCUAUGGGAGGAAGUCACAAGAACUUCCCAAUCAUAUGCAGAUGAAGUAGUAACGUUCUCCAUUGAUGUGAACUUGAAGAGCCUGGUUCAUCAUGCUGGUAAAGUCGGCAAUAUCCUCCUUAGCUCUGGCAUCUUCUUGCAAUGCCCUGCGCAGAAUCCUGCUGGAGAGACGUACUACAAUCCUCAGAUUCUGCAGAUCGAAGGAUUCCAUGAAAAACCCGACGAAAUCAUGAUUGAGGCAGAUGAUGCACCAACAUCUGUUGUCAUUCCAGAUGGACCAACUCAGAGUAAUCCGAAGCCGUUCCUAAACCCCCAAGACCAUGUUGAACAGAUACUUGAUUCCCUUUCUCACACGAAUAUACUGCAAGAGAUCCAUACCGACACUAGUCGCAUCAAGAGCAAACUCAUGAAGCAAGUAGCACCGAGCUCACGUCGAUAA